AUGGGAAAUGACGAUGCACAGGUUCCUGCACCAGGAUCAGAUCAGCAGCCGUCAAGCAGCGGCUCGCAGCCGACACAACAAAAGAAGAAAAAGGAGUAUCAGAAAUUAGAGCCAACAUCUCCAGAGCAGCUUGCACAGGAAGACCUCAUGAACAACUGUGCAGUGAAGACGGUCGUAUCAGGCGUCAUGGGCUCAGUCCUUGGCGCGGCCUUUGGCGUUUUCAUGGGAGCCAUGGACAGUGCGACCCCAGCAAUGGACGGAUCAGCUGCAGGCGCUCCGAAGCAGAGCACACGGGAGGUCAUCAAGCAGAUGCUGAAGACGACGGGGCAAAGAAGCGUGCAAAUCCGAGCCAAGCACGACAUCUACAACGCUGUGUAUGCUGGCUGUGCUGCUGGGGGUGUGCUGGCUAGCAGCGCCGGACCCAAAGCCAUGUGUGCUGGCUGCGUUACCUUUGCUGCGUUCUCGGCUUUCAUCGAUAAGAUGAUGGACCACGACUGA